CGCCGCAUCUACGUCAUCGAUUAUCGCAGGCUCGGCUCUUCUGAUUCUGCUGCUGCUGCUGCUUCGCCUGUCGUUAGAGCAUUCUCAUUCUCCGAAGCUAUGAUAUCAUGUUGUAGCGACGACUCUGACUCUGACUCUUACUACAAUUACGACGAAUACCACGUCCGUGAAAGAAUGGCUUGUUAUCACUUGUUCCAACUCGACGGAGAGCUCCACGUAGUCUGCCGCGAAUAUUACCACCAGGUGUACAAGCUGGUGGUAGUCACGCCUGCUGCUAAUGAAGGCGGUAGCAGCAGCAGCAGUAGCAGUAAGUAUUACUGGGAAGAAGUGAGGAGUUUGAAUGGGUGCGCUGUGUUUAUCGGCGGCCAUCAAUCGUUUUGCCUCCCCGCCGCCGCCUCUACCACCAUGGUAGGUAAUGGGGCGGAUAGAGGCAACCGUAUUUACUUUGCCUUGGGCUGCUGUGGUAGAACGCGGCGACAGCGCAGAUCUGGAUGCGGUGGUUGGAACGGCGUCUUCCAUCUUGCUAAUCGGAGGUUCGAAAGAAGUGAUCUUCAGUGCUGUACUAGUGACGAAAAGAGUUGCUCCUCAUUUUUUUGGUUCCUCCCCAUGCCUUGGGAUAUUUCAAAGCUACACAGAAAGCAUCAUGACAGGAGGAAGAAGAAGGCUUGGAAACGGGAAAGGUACCUACUCGGCACCGCAAAUGAAACUGGUGAUCCAUACUAUUGGACAUUACCAAAGAAGACUGUCAAGAACAAGAAUCAUCAUCAUCAUCAUCAUAAUGAUAAUAACAUUGUUGAAAACGUCCGUCACAACAGAUUCCGAGCUUUAUUAUCUGAUGCCGAUAAUGAAGAAGACGAGGAAGAUUGAAAAGGUUCGGCUAGCAAGCCUGAAUGAAUAAUACAACCCAAGAAACGGGAAACGGGAUCCCCUGCUUCGCAAUACAAACUAAGCAACAACACUGGACACCAAACUACCAAAGAAGACCAUCAAGAAUCAUCAGCAGCAUGAUAAUAACAGUGCUGUCAAAAACAGAUUCCAAGCUUUAUUAUCGGAUGAUGAUAAUGAAGACGAGGAAGACUGAAAGGCCGUCUCGGUUAGUUAAGGGUCUGAAAUGGAUCGUGUAUAUGCACAGGUUUGAUGUUGUUAACUGGAUCUACGUGAGGGCAAGUUUAGUCAAGGCAAUAUCAAGUUUCGACAUAUUUCUCGUAUAGGAAUGAAUAAAACUAAACCGCUGGUACAUUUCUUUAAUGCUGAACAACGAUGUUGUGUACCUGUCCAGGGCGUAAACACCUGGGGAAUAAGUGAAGGGAAAGCUCUACUUCUAAGAGCAGUGAGAAACUAAACUUGCUCACUGUGCUUAUUUAGAUCAGUUGUGCUC